AUGAGCCAGGGCAGGAGGCUCCUGGGGGCCAGCGCGGAGGUCUCCAGCUCACGCGGCCCCAGCCGACACAACAAACCGCGCGCGACCUGGAGGUGGAGAAAGGAAAUGGGGUCUGAGCUCCGCCUCCCGGAAACGGCCCAGCUCAAAGCCUAUAACCGCCCACUGCAGCCCGGCGCUUCCCGGCGGCUUCUCCUCGAGGAGGCGGGGCGGGGCGCUGGACGCCAGGAGGGGCGGCUCGGACGGUGUGCCCCACGCGGAGACGCCGAGGCCCUGAACCCGGAGCCGAGCUUCCCGUCGUUUCUCCUGUGGCAUGAAGCAAGCCUCCCUCCCUCCUGCCCCGGGCAGCGGAGCGAGGGGCGGUGCCGCGUCCAGCCCCGCCCCCUGGUUGCCGGGACAACGCCCGCACGCACCCGGCCGCUAGUCCCAGCGCGGGGAGGGUACGAGCGCAGCUUCUCCGUCAGGCCUUGGGCCAUGGCGUCCCUACGCAAUGCCAACCCGAGGCUGAAGAACUACUUCAAGGAGAACUACAUUCCUCAGGUCUGCGAGGCACUGUUAUGUGGUAUACUUGUUACAUGUCCUGAGGAUCCACUGAGGUAUUUAGAGGGAAUGAUCAUGGUUAUAAUCAAAAGUGGUCUUCAGAAUCUUCUUUGGGAUAUCUGCAUUGCUCCAUCAAUGAAACCAAACAUUCGAAGAUUGUCUGAAACUUACCUGGAACAACUUUUUGAAUUGGAUGAUCAGCUGAUGACUCCAGAAUUGAUGAUAAAAGCCUGUAGCUUUUAUACUGGACAUUUAGUAAAGUCUCAUUUUUGCACUUGGAGAGACGUAGCUCGUACAAAUGAAAAUGUCGCCCUGGCUGAAAAAAUGAACAGAGCAGUGACAUGUUACAAUUUCAGACUUCAGAAAUCUGUAUUUCAUCACUGGCACUCUUAUAUGGAAGACCAGAAAGAAAAACUUAAAAAUACGCUAUUGCGGAUACAACAGAUCAUCUAUUGUCACAAGCUGUCCAUUAUCCUAACAAAAUGGCGGAAUAGAGCAAGACUUAAGAGUAAAAAGAAAGAAGAUGAGCUGAUAUUAAAACAUGAACUUCAAUUCAAAAAAUGGAAAAAUAGGUUAAUACUCAAAAGAGCUGCUGCAGAAGAAUCCAAUUUUCCUGAACAAAGUUCUUCUGAAGGCUCUCUUGUAGAUGAGACUCUAAAAUGUGACAUUUCACUGUUACCUGAAAGAGCAAUAUUACAGAUUUUCAUCUACCUCAGUUUAAAAGAUGUGAUAAUAUGUGGUCAAGUUAAUCAUGCCUGGAUGUUGAUGACACAGCUGAACUCACUGUGGAAUGCUAUUGAUUUUUCCACAGUGAAAAAUGUGAUUCCAGAUAAAUAUAUACUGUCUACUUUGCAAAGGUGGCGUUUAAAUAUGCUGCGUUUGAAUUUUCGUGGUUGUCUUCUCCGACCCAAAACUUUCAGAUCUGUCAGCCACUGUAGGAACUUGCAAGAGCUGAAUGUCUCUGACUGCCCAACAUUCACAGAUGAAUCAAUGAGACACAUUUCUGAGGGCUGCCCGGGGGUCCUGUAUCUCAAUCUGUCUAACACAACUAUCACCAACAGGACGAUGCGACUCCUGCCGAGGCACUUCCACAACUUACAGAAUCUUAGUUUGGCUUAUUGCAGACGGUUCACAGACAAAGGCUUACAGUACCUGAACUUGGGGAAUGGAUGCCACAAGCUCAUCUAUCUGGACCUCUCCGGCUGCACCCAGAUUUCAGUCCAAGGCUUCAGGUACAUUGCAAACAGCUGCACUGGAAUUACACAUCUUACCAUUAAUGACAUGCCAACUCUGACGGACAACUGUGUAAAAGCUUUAGUUGAAAAGUGCUCUCGUAUUACAUCACUGGUUUUCACUGGUGCACCGCAUAUCUCCGAUUGUACUUUCAAAGCUCUUUCUACUUGUAAACUCAGAAAGAUCCGAUUCGAAGGAAAUAAAAGGGUUACUGAUGCAUCCUUCAAAUAUAUAGACAAGAAUUAUCCAAAUCUCAGUCACAUUUAUAUGGCUGACUGCAAGGGAAUAACAGACAGCAGCCUCAGAUCCCUUUCACCUUUGAGGCAACUGACUGUGUUGAAUCUGGCAAAUUGUGUAAGAAUUGGUGAUAUGGGGCUAAAGCAAUUUCUUGAUGGUCCUGCAAGCAUAAGGAUAAGAGAGCUAAAUUUAAGCAACUGCGUGCAGCUAAGCGAUGCCUCUGUUAUGAAACUAUCUGAGCGCUGCCCUAAUUUAAACUACUUGAGUUUACGAAAUUGUGACCAUUUGACGGCCCAAGGAAUUGGAUAUAUUGUAAACAUCUUUUCCUUGGUAUCAAUAGAUCUCUCUGGAACAGACAUCUCUAAUGAGGGUUUGAAUGUACUUUCCAGACAUAAAAAACUGAAGGAACUUUCUGUAUCUGAGUGUUAUAGAAUCACUGAUGUUGGAAUUCAGGCAUUCUGCAAAAGCUCACUGAUCUUGGAACAUUUGGAUGUCUCUUAUUGCUCCCAGCUGUCAGAUAUGAUUAUCAAAGCACUGGCCAUUUACUGCAUUAACCUCACGUCUCUCAGCAUUGCUGGCUGUCCAAAGAUUACUGACUCAGCGAUGGAGAUGUUAUCGGCAAAAUGCCAUUACCUGCACAUUUUGGAUAUCUCUGGUUGUGUCUUGCUUACUGACGAAAUCCUUGAGGACCUUCAGAUAGGCUGCAAACAACUCCGGAUCCUUAAGAUGCAAUACUGCACAAAUAUUUCCAAGAAGGCAGCUCAGAGAAUGUCAUCUAAAGUUCAGCAGCAGGAAUACAACUCUAAUGACCCUCCACGUUGGUUUGGCUAUGAUAGGGAAGGAAACCCUCUUACAGAGCUUGACAAUGUAACACCAUCUAAAGGAGCCUCAGAAUUAACAGUGGAAAAGUCAACAUACAGCAGUGAAGAGCAAGCAGCGUGACCUUCAGCCUCAAGCAGGAAAAACAACAAAUCAAGAACUUGACAAGUUUUCUCCAUUUGUUGCAAGUAUGUUUACUAGCUGAAUCUCAAUAACAAUGUAAACAAGCAA